UGGAUCGAUCCGACUUGUGGACAGCCAAAGAGCGAGCCUCAACACAUACCUUACCAACCUACCUGAGCUGAGAAACUUGAGACUUGCGACUCGAUUCCAGCCCAGCCCGACUCAAUAAGCCGUUCCUCGUCUUUCCUCCCCAACUUCCAGAGACAUCCCUACAUCUACCCGCCAUGAGUCUAGCAAGCGGAACGCCGCUGCAAAGCGGCCAGCCAAUCCCCAGAUUGGCAGAACCGUUCGAGUCGGAAGUCGUCGGUGGUGACAUAACCCCAAGAGCGGUGCCCGACGGCGAGGAAAAGAAGGGCAAGAAGCGCGGCCUAUUCGGCUUCGGCAAGAAGAAGACGGACGAGACCACCAAGUCCGCCACUAAGACUGGAGCCACGCCCAAGGACAUCGCUACGGCAAAAAGGACCGCCACGUCGCCUGUUCGCUCCAUGCCGACCUCGCCCGGCCGUGGUUUCCCGUCGUCGCCCCGCCUAGCGUCUCCCGCUGGCAGCCAGAUCUUUGAGCGCGACGUGCAAGAGAGCGCUGUGGUGAUUCCAAAUUCGCCCGCGAUUCCCUCGCACAUCCAAACCGAGAACUACAUCCCGCCUGUGCUCGACGCUUCGUCCGAGGCUAUCACAGACAGCCAUCUAGACCCUGACAGCGUCGAGAUCAUCACACACGCCUCGCACCAGCCCGCCGCUAUGGGAAUGUCCGGCAUUGGCAUGGGCUCCGGCUCAGGCCUGCUCGAACCGAGUUGGGCCGACGAGCUCGCAGCCUUCUCCUCAGACGCUGACCGCACGGUUGCCGACAGCGCCUCCAACUACGGCAACCUGGACACAACCGACAUACGACGGCUGAGCUUCAUCUCGUUUGCCGACGUAGUACAGGCAGAGCACCAGCACACGGCCGGAAACGGCCUCGGCGCGGGCUCCCGCGACAGCAUCCACAUGGCCGGCCUCACGAGCCUAGCAUCGGUCGGCAUCACGAACCGCUCACCAAGCCCCAUUCGCUCGCCCGUGUCGUCCGCUGGCGGCCCUGGCACCAGCCCCCCAACGAGCAAGUCGGGCUCCGUCAAGGGCCUCGAGAUGUCGCCCAGCCGGAAACCCCUCGGCAGCCCCACCAGCAUCGGACCCACGGUCACGGGCGAGCUUUCCAUCGAGACCAUGUCCGAGGCCCUGAGAAGGACAGGCAGCGGCGAUCUUGGCGGCGUACGAAGUUUCCCGACCAGCCCGAUUUGAGACGGCGGUAGGUCCGGAUACGGGUAGGAGCGAACAUCGGGGAGCAGGGCCGGGCUUGCCCGGUGGCGGCCGAAUAUAUAGGACGCUUUUAUUU